AAACACGCCUCCUCUGACACAAUAAGGAAGUAGACGGCUCAUCAAAACAUUAAUCUGCCGAGCUGUUCAUAUCAAUUUUGCAAGCCAAUAUUUUUGUAUUUCAACUAACGCUAGAAUGGCACAGGAAUUUGUCGAAACUAAACUUAGAGGAGACAAAGUUACAAUAUUUCUCAAACCAUCGUGCCCGUAUUGCGUUACGGCCAAAGAGGUCUUGACAAAGUACAAAUUCAAAGCUGGGCAUUUAGAAUUUAUUGACAUAACUGGACGGAGCGAUAUGAGUAGUUUACAGGACUACUUUUUGGAGAUAACUGGAGCUCGGACGGUCCCGCGGGUGUUCAUCGGUGAGGAGUGUGUGGGAGGGGGCAGUGACGUGGCAGAUCUGGACGAAAGUGGGAAACUGGAGGGGAUGCUGCAGUCCAUUGGCGCGCUGCAGUGACACACACUGCCCCAGGGUGUGGCGGCGGGUGGGUGUCACAUGACGAGGCAGCGGGACUUCUUGAGUUUGCGUCGGCGCUGCUGGUACUCGCUCAGUUCUUGAAGGUAACCUCGGGAAGGCCAACGCAGUCUCUCCACCUGUUCCCGCUCCUCCUCUGUCAACCAAGACAACAAAAAACCAAGGUUGCCAUGACGAUAUCAGGUCAACCCGCUCUCUCACACACAUGGACGCGUGCGCACACACACACACACACACAGUGCCAGUAUUUAUUUUUUAUCCGUCAUUGCCUAAACCAACAUUUCUAUGAAGCCAUCAUCAAGCCACAUGCAUGCUCUGCCUGAUACACUUCUGUUUACACCCAAGAGCUGGACCAAUGUGAAUAAUAUUGUGUAGUACUAUUUAGUCUUUGUAUCGUGUAUCACUUCACUUGUGCCCUUAAAGACCCGUCCAUUUGACCUUAAAUAUGCACUGGUGUACGAUGAAAACAUUGUUAAUGGAAAUAAACCUGUUGUAGAUGCUACUAAA